UUUCAACAGCGAGCAGCUAUUUCCUCCUCUGAGUAAUAAGAGUCGCUUUACACGGAGCGACUGAAUGACUAACCAGCUGAGAGCACACACUCAGCUCACUCACACAGACACAGUGGGACACACAGACAUGCUCCAGUCCGGCACUUGUUAAAUGUUGACAGACACCUGCUUGAAAACACAACCCGUCGCCGUGGAGACGAGCUCAGAAUAAGGAGGCGAGGAGGAUUCCCCGAGCCAGACGGGCUUGAGAAGACAAGAGGAGAGGACGCACUCUGAAUCCGUGAUGGACCAGCAGCAGCAGCACGCCAAAGUGGAGCGAUUUCUCAAGUUGGGAUACUCUCACAGUGACAUCCUGAGGGUGCUGGAGAGCCUCCGACAAGAUGCACAGACUAAUGACAUCCUGGAGGAGCUGAUCAAGACUUGUCACACUCGCAGCAACAAAAGUGUCCCAAACAGUCCCAAGCUGGUGUCCAGAGGCUGCAGCCCCAGUCCCAGUCAACCCAGACCCGGAGCCGACCGAGAGCCAGUCGCUGGCUUCAGACCAGUCGUUAUUGAUGGAAGCAAUGUGGCCAUGAGCCAUGGAGACAAGAAGGUGUUUUCGUGCCAGGGCCUCCAGCUGGCAGUGAACUGGUUCUGGGACAAAGGACUACGAGACAUCACUGUGUUUGUUCCCCUGUGGAGGAAGGAGCAGCCGCGGCCGGAGGCACCCAUGACGGAUCAACAUAUUCUCCAUGAGCUGGAAAGGAGGAAGAUCCUGGUGUACACGCCGUCCCGCUGCGUAAACGGCAAGAGGGUGGUGUGCUACGACGACCGCUACAUCGUCAAGCUGGCCGUCGACUCCGACGGCAUCAUCGUGUCCAACGACAACUACCGUGACCUGCAGACGGAGAAUCCCAAAUGGAAGAAGUUUAUAGAGGAGAGGCUGCUGAUGUACACCUUCGCUAACGACAAGUUCAUGCCUCCAGAUGACCCUCUGGGUAGAAAUGGUCCCACCAUUGAUGAUUUUCUGCGAACAAAGCCAUGGACUCCAGACAACAAGCUGCAGCACUGUCCCUACGGAAAGAAGUGCACUUAUGGAGUCAAGUGCAAGUUCUACCACCCAGAGCGGGCUAACCAAUCACAGCUGUCUGUGGCGGACGAGCUGAGGGCACUGAGAGACAGAGCAAAGAACUUCUCGCCCACAGCAAGCGUGCAGGACACACACUGCCCUGCUGCAUAUCAGCGAGAGCACGGAUACACUUCAUCCACCCCUCCUCCGCCUCUGAGCAUAGAGGAUCCAUCCCUCAGGGUUUCACCCAGCGAGCAGUUCAUGUAUCACAGAGACACCAGCAGCCCGAGAAGCCAACCAAACUCAGGCCUCCACCUGUGCCCGAGCCUGGAUGUGGAUGAGGCCUUCAGCUCCAUGGAGAGCUCCAUUUCCAGGCUCUACAUCCACGAUGUGCCCCACAGCUACAGCAGCGGAGUGGCCAGCUACAGCCUGAGCCACGAUGACUACUCCCUCACAGGGUCCCUUGGAGGCAACAGCCAGAGGCCCUGCCUGAGCGGAGGAGGUUACUACCCUCAUCAGAACGGUUCAGUGUCCUGCGAGCACGCUGUGUGCAGCCAGUGCAGGUGUGGUCACCAGGAGACAAGGAUGUCCCAUCACCACCAAGCAUGGAGCUCAUGCCCAGCUCUGCCUCCACAUAAUGGGGAGCAUCCUGGCUUUUAUUCAGAGAAGCAGUACUUGAGAGAGCCCUCCAACAGACAGAGCCACAGCUUACCAAGGGACCCAUGGGCGCAGAGCAGAGCCAAGAGCCAGCUUAGCGAGCAGAGGAAGGGCCUGAGGAGCCAGCUGAGCACGCUCUUCCCUCAGAGCGCAGUGGAGCAAGUCAUGAACACUUACCCACACAUCUCAGACAUGUCCGAACUGAUUUCUCUUAUCCAGAGCUACAGGACCAGCCACAUCUCCUUCUAGAUUAGAAAGACUAUUAUUUUGACUCAAACUGAGUCCACAUCCAAAGUUCUCAUCUUAGACGCAAAGUGAAAUCUGAGAAAAGCCUUACUCUCUUAAUGACUGCAAAUCAUACUAUGGCAAAACUAUCGCUUGCUUGAGCACACUCCAAACCCAGCCUUUGUUUUAAGCAUUAAAAAUGACUCGAUCUGAUGAAGUCUUGAAAAUGUAGCAGACAAAAUGCUAGUUCUUAAGUUUAAAGUGCAAUGCACUACGCUAAAUACAUGCUACUAAUUGUAGCAGUGAAAAUGAUUUUUUUUUUUUAAAGCAGCAUGUGUUGUUUUUCUCAUGUUGCCUCAAAGUGAGGAACUCUAUUAUACUAUUCUGUACUUGUGUGAAGUAUGUCAUUUACCUGUUUUUAUAUGAAUUCUAGAGGCUUGUGUUUUUGCUGCUCCUGUAAAAUAAAAGAACUCAAACUUUGGA